AUGACGGCAUGGAUUCUAAGAUUCCUUAAAAAUGCUCAGAAAACAAGAACCGAACGAGAGAUUGGUGAGCUGAAGUUGUACGAAUUGAAUGAGGUUGAAAAAGUAUUAAUGAAGCAGAUUCAGCAAAAGUCAUUUAAAGACGAAGAUAGCGCAAGGUUAAAGUCUUUAUGCGUCUUUAAAGACAAAGAAGGUAUCAUAAGAGUAAGCACCAAGUUAACUGAAAGAGAAGAUUUUGAAAGCUUUAUCAGUCUUAUACUGCUUCCAAGCACACGUAAACUUAUGGAAUUAAUGAUUUUUUACAUGCACGAAAGACACCAGACUACGAGGAUCGAAUGCAAUUCAGGAAUGUUACCUGAAAACAGAGUCAAAGAUGCAUUAGUGUUUAAAGCAACAGGAAUAGAUUUGGCGGGACUUUUGAUGCUUGGAGAAAAAUGCAAAGCAUGGAUAAUUAUAUUUACAUGUGCUGUCUACAGAGCCAUCCAUUUGGAAUUGAUAACUUCUCAAUCAACACAAAGUUUUUUGCUUGGUUUACGACGAUUUAUAGACAGAAGAGGAAGACCGAAAGUUAUUUAUAGCGAUAAUGGCACCAAUUUUACAGGAGCUAACAACCUAUUUAAAUCAUUAGAUUGGAAAAUGAUCGAAAUCGAAGCAUCUGUGAAUAGGAUUCAAUGGAACUUUAAUCCUCCUGUUUCCCCAUGGUGGGGAGGAUUUUGGGAAAGAAUGGUGCAAAUGGUUGAAAAACUUCUUCGUAGAGUUUUAGGCCAAUCAGUUUUAAAUUAUGAAGAAAUGAUGAGCGUCCUUUGUGAUUGUGAGACAACAAUAAAUUCUAGACCUCUCACUUUUGUCUCGGAACAAGGGGAUGAACUCAUUCCAUUGACGCCAGCUAUGUUCUUGAAAGAAAUAGAUGAUGUCGGAGUGCCAGAUUUAGAUCAUUUUUAUCAAGCAAAUUUGAAUAAAAAAUUAAGGUACCAGCAAAAUUUGCGCAUUGGUUUAAGAGAAAUAUUUCGAAGUGAAUAUCUUGGGCAAUUAUUACAACGACCAUCAAGGAGUAAACCGGCAGAACUUUUGAAAGUAGGAGAUAUUGUUUUAAUCGAAACUGACGGUAAAAAAAGAAUUUUAUGGCCAAUGGCUAAAAUAAUAGAUGUUUUUCCUGGUAAAGAUGGGCAAGUACGAGUGGUUCGCCUUAAAACUUCAUCCUGUGAACUCGUCAGGCCUGCGCAGAAGAUUUNUGCGCAGAAGAUUUUCCCACUCGAAAUUUACUCACCAGCUGAACCUAAUCUAGUAAAUAAUGAGGCAUGUAAGAAUAAACCAGAGAAUGACUUUCAGGUAGAGGAAGACCACGAGUGUUGA